AACAAAUCUCGUUGUAAGGAGUUCGUGUGCUAAUUAUUUAACAAUUAAUAGAAAUGAGCGAACCUCCAGCGGAAGAUAGUACUUCGGUGCACAGCGUUGAUUCAAAUGAGGUCAACAGUGUUCCAACUUUAAUGGAAAAGUUUGAAAAUCUAAUAAUCCAAGAGUCGAAACAUUCACAUAAUUUUUACGAUUUACACACGAGAGAUAACUUUGCAAAGCUGGAUGUUGAAAAUUUGAACAAUUUAUGCCAACGUUAUGAAGAUCAGAAAAACGCCAAAUGCGUAAUGUUAGAAAAUCAUCAUCAUAGACUGCUGCAAAUACAAAAGAGAAACAUGGAGUAUCUCAAGGAUAAGAUGACAAUUGUCGUAGAAAAGCUUGAGCAAGUUAAUUCGUCCUUUUGCGAGGCUUAUGAGGAUUACAAUUCUGAUGUUUUGAGGAAUACAAUCAAUUUUGUGGAAAAUGAAGCAAAAAAAAUUGAAACGGAAUUAUCAAAAAAUACUUGCGAUCUAGUUAACAAGCAAGCAAUGAUGAACGAAUCAUUAAAGAAGUCCAAAACAAGUUUUGUUACAGGAAUAGAUACCGUUAUAAACUUAUUAUCAGAUUCGUCUAUGAAACGUCCAGAAAUCGAGUUAGAAGAGAUAACUUCUAGAUUACAGAAUGACACUAUCCCAAACCUAAAGAAGAAGUUGGAAAAGUAUGGAGAAAUAAAAUCAAGAUGCAAAUAG